CGAAAGGGCUCAGCAAACCUGGCGGACAGUCUUUCUAGGCUAGGAGCAACGGUUCACGAUAAACAGUGGUCGGAUGAAAGUGAAGUCUACAUAAGGCGUGUAGCGGUUGAAUCGUUGGCAGUCCUACCAAAUGAUACACCCCAAGACGAUUUCGAUCCUGAAACUGAAAUCGUCAUCAGAACCAUCCAGGAGGCGGCCGCUAUCGACGUCGAAGAAGUUAUUCGAGCUACAACGGAGGAUCCUGAGAUGCAAAAGCUGAAGAUGUGCAUAACGAACGACUCUUGGAAUGAUGAUGAUGUUAAACCGUAUGCUUCAUUCCGUCACGAGUAUACUCACGCAAAUUCUUUGAUUUUACGUGGCUCUAAAUUAGUCAUACCGCGAAUUUUGCGACAAAGGAUGCUUGAUUUAGCUCACGAAGGGCACCCAGGACAGUCUCUGAUGAAACGACGGUUACGGGAAAGAUGCUGGUGGCCAGGAAUUGACCAAGCAGCGGUCAAGAUUUGUGAAUCCUGCGAGGGAUGCCGACUGGUUCAAGUCCCUGAUCCCCCGGAGCCGAUGAUGCGCCGACCGCUACCAGACCGCCCUUGGGUUGAUGUUGCUAUCGACUUCCUUGGGCCUUUGCCAUCCGCGGAGUACGUUUUAGUAGUUAUUGACUAUUACAGUCGAUAUAUGGAGCUGGAGAUACUGAGUAGAAUAACUGCGCAAGAAACGAUCAAGCGGCUGAAGCGAAUUUUCCGUACUUGGGGUCCACCCAGGACGAUAACAUUGGACAACGCUAAGCAGUUCAUCAGUUGUGAGCUUGAGGAGUACUGCAGAACAAACGGAAUUCAUUUGAACCACACUACGCCCUAUUGGCCGCAGGCUAACGGGGAAGUCGAGCGGCAGAACAGGUCCCUGCUAAAACGGAUGAGAAUUUCCAAUGCACUGUACAAUGACUGGAAAGCCGAGCUCAACAACUAUUUGGAGUUGUACAACAAUACUCCACAUUCAAUCACGGGUAAAGCACCGAGCGAGCUACUGCAAAACCGAAAACUUCGAUCCAAGCUACCCUGCGUGGACGACCUGGACACAAUUCCACCCAGCUCGGAUUUCAGAGAUCGCGAUCUAGAGAAGAAAAUGCUUGGAAAACAGCAGGAGGAUAGGAAGCGGAAAGCGAAGCCAAGUGAUUUAUCCAUAGGCGACACCGUGCUCAUGAAGAACCUGUGUCCAACAAAUAAACUGUCUACAAAUUUCCUCCGGGAGAAAUUCAUUGUCGUAGACAAAACGGGAUCCAACGUUAAGGUUCAAUCAAAGGAAAGUGGGAAGCAGUACGACCGAAACACAACGCACUUGAAAGUCAUACAUGAUCCAGAACCAGAUGACCUUGAUGGAGAUGAUACUCCUUCCAUGAAUCCUGACUUCAAUACUGAGCACCGUUCAUCAGGCCCGUUGAGCUCAACCCGGAACACAAGCUCGGACACAGAGGACCAGUCGCCUUCGGCUGGUAUGCUUAGGCGGUCUCACAGGACACCGAAGCCCAAGACCAUAUUCAGCCCGCGCAGAUAAGUACCUGUCUUUCUCCUAAAUAAAUGUUUUUAAAUUAAUAAACAGUUAUAAAUAAAACUAACUUAUAAUAGUUAUCAUUUUUAUAAAAACGGGGAUGUGGUACGGUUACACACACUAACGCAUGUGAGAAACAUCCAACCUUCCUUGGGGCUCAUACUACUCUCUCCAAAGAGAGUGUGAUCAGUCUGCUAAGAUACGUCGUCGAGUGUAGUUGCCCACCCGGUCUGUGUCGUGCGUUUCAAUAAAUCUCUUUUCGGCU